AUGCCAAAUUUCCUCCAUCUCCCACCCGAACUUCAUGUCCUGAUCGCCUCCUUUCUACCCAUCGGUGACCGGCUUCAGUUCAGGCUGACGUGUGCCUACUUGUACGAACUGAUUACCCGACCCUCGCACGAGGAGCUACUGCUGACCGAGUCCACCGACUGGGCCCGUAACCGCGAUGUCUACGCAUGUCGCUAUUGCCUCCGGCUGCGCCCGGCAGGUCUGUUUGCGGACCGGAUGUUACGACGGCGCCGUGGCCGAUCGGGGCGUGAUAGCGACAAGCGCUUCUGCAUCGAGUGUGGUCUACAACCCCGCGAGGGCACGGCACGAUACGGCCCGGGCGCGCAACUCACCAUCCAGGGCCACUUUUAUGUGUUCUGCCUCUCUUGUCGGCGCUUCCAACCAGGGGCAGUCGAUCGCCUCGGGCGACACACCUCCGAGUGUGUAGAAUGCUGGCGGCAGCCUUACUCAUGA